UGCCGCUCCUGCCGUCUCUGCCGUUGCAGCGAUCUGCCGCGUGAGAGGGCGGAACAGGAGCUGCAGCCUGAAAAAUAAAUAGAUAAGUAAAGAGUAAAAACGGAUGAGAAGCUGUAGAUUUACAGAGAAACUGGUGGAGCUUAUUUUGGGAGGAGGAGGAGGAGAAGGUGACAGGCAGCAGACGCCUGUGCAAACAUCGCUCCACCUUCACCGUAUCUGCGUAAAGACGUUCUCCGCGCGCCGCCGCGGAACGCAGACGUUUCACCUCAUUUCUGAAGCAUUUUUCCGCCAGUGCGAACGACGACGCGGCAGCAGCAGAUCCGGAUCAUCCGAACCGAACCAAACCAAACCGGCGGUGUAUGAAAGCGGAGCCGCGUCAUUGUUGCCUCUGAGGAAACAUUUGAGGAUUUAUUCAUUUGACUGCUGAUUUUUUUUGUAGGUUUUUCUGAAGAGACACUGAACACUGAAGGAGCUGUGACCGUCAGGUGCACAGCAGAGAGAGAGAGAGAGAGAGAGAGAGAGCGACAGACAGCAUCAGAACCAGCAGAGAUGGCGAAGGCAGACCAGCAGCGUUUCGGUCAGCGAGACGGUUCAGACCAGAACUUUGAUUACAUGUUUAAGCUGCUGAUCAUCGGGAACAGCAGCGUGGGAAAAACCUCCUUCCUGUUCCGUUACGCAGACGACUCGUUCAGCAACUCGUUCGUCAGCACCGUGGGCAUCGACUUCAAGGUGAAGACGGUUUAUCGCAACGACAAGAGGAUCAAACUGCAGAUCUGGGACACGGCAGGUCAGGAGCGAUACCGCACCAUCACCACCGCCUACUACCGCGGUGCCAUGGGCUUCAUCCUCAUGUAUGACAUCACCAACGAGGAGUCGUUCAACGCUGUCCAGGACUGGGCCACUCAGAUUAAGACAUACUCCUGGGACAACGCUCAGGUGAUCAUGGUGGGCAACAAGUGUGACAUGGACGAGGAGAGGAUCGUUCCUCCAGAGAAAGGAAAACACCUCGCUGACCAGUUAGGCUUCGAGUACUACGAAGCGAGCGCGAAGGAGAACAUCAACGUGCGGCAGGUCUUCGAGCGUCUGGUGGACAUCAUCUGUGUGAAGAUGUCGGAGCGCGUGGACGUGGAGGUGCCGGUGGCUCCCGGAUCCAAGACCACCAGACUGACGGACAAGCCCGCUCAGCUACCUCAGAAGUGCUGCUGAUCGUCUCCUGUCUGUCGUCAUCUCCUCUCUCCCCCGUCCCGCCAAAAUAAAAGAAAGAAAAAAAAACAAGA